AUGGUCGUAAUCAAGACAACAUACACUGCUGCCCUCCUCUCCCCCGUUGCCGCCACGACUCGUGGUGGCAUCAACAUCAAGGCUGUCAAGGCCAAGACCCCGGUCCCCGUGACCGCCCCCAAGCCCGUCGUCCUCCACAUCAAGGAGGACGACACGAAGACUCCCAUCCCUGCCGUCAUCCUCGAGCGCAUCCAGCUCGAGAAGGACCUCAAGGAGGCCGAGGCCAAGGCUGAGGCCGAAGCCAACCGCCGCGCGCGCAAGCGCGCCGCCAAGGCCCGCGCUGCGCAGCGCAAGGCCGACAAGGUCAUUGCUGCUGCGAGCGGCAAGUGGGUCGUCGCUGGCCGCAAGGUCAGCGCGGCCAAGUUCCUCAAGGGCAACACGCCGCCCGCCGCUGCCAUCCCUUCCGUCCCCUCGUCGUUCGCGGUGCUGAGGACGGUGCGCACCCCUCCUCGCCGUGGAUCUUACCUCGGCUCCCCUUCUCCUGGUGGCAACGCCGCCACCCCGCGCGUCCGCAAGGACAAGCUCAAGGCCAAGCCCAAGGCCCCUAACCUCGUCCCGGGCUCACUCGCCCACGCCCGCCUCCACGGCGCUCGCGGCGUGUCCAAGGUCGCGCCGUCACCGGCCGUCGUUGGGUCGACGGCGACCUCUGCGUGCAACCAGUGCGACGAGCCGUUCAAGUGCGACCAGUGUACCGCGGACUACAAGACCAAGGCACACCUUGAAGGCCACGUCAAGAGCAAGCACGAGGGCGUCCGCCACGACUGCGAGUACUGCAACAAGUCCUACGCCAACCUCCAGGACCUCCAGAAGCACAUCGCAAAGUUCCACCCUUGA